GUCCUAUUUUCCGCCCUAUUUCUUCUCCUCGAAUACUUGCCAAAGUUGAAAAAAGCUCUUUCCAUUCUCUCUCCUCCCUUUCUCAUUCUUCAAUCAAACCCUGGAAGAAGAGAAAGGGAGAGAGAAAAAAACCUACGUUUUCUACAAGAAAAGGAGAAAUUUUCAUAAACGAGAGAUGUAGAAGAAAGAGGAAUCAUAGGUUUUGGAAUUAUUUAGUUUUUAAUAGAGAUCGAAGCUUUUUGUGGUUUUCUGAAGGGAAAAUGAACAAUUCAGCUGGAUUGAACUCGGGAGCAGGGGAAAUGACCGUCAUGAGGAAGAACAAGAGGCCCAAAUAUUCAAAGUUUACUCAACAAGAGCUUCCAGCUUGCAAGCCAAUUCUUACUCCGCAAUGGGUGAUUUCAGUGUUUGCAAUCAUUGGCACUAUCUUUAUCCCCAUUGGCAUCAUCUCACUGAUUGCUUCCAAUGAUGUUGUGGAAAUUGUUUAUCGAUAUGAGGAACAGUGCUUACCAAGCAGUGCUACUGAUAGAGCUUCUAAGUUGGCCUAUAUACAGGAUCCAACAAGUAACAAAGAUUGCAGCAGAAUCUUCCAAGUGCCAAAGGAUAUGAAUAGACCUAUUCAUGUGUACUAUCAGCUUGAUAACUUCUACCAAAAUCACAGGAGGUAUGUGAAGAGCCGAAAUGAUGUGCAAUUGCGUGAUGCUCGGAAAGCUAAUACGACAAGUGGUUGUGUUCCUGAGGAGACCACUGCAAAUGGGUCUCCAAUUGUUCCUUGUGGUCUCAUCGCUUGGAGUUUAUUCAAUGACACCUAUAGCUUCACUCGUGGGAAUGAACAAUUAGAAGUGAACAAGAAAGACAUUUCCUGGAAGAGUGACAGGGAUCACAAAUUUGGAAAAGAUGUCUAUCCCAAGAACUUCCAAAAUGGGGCUUUAAUAGGCGGUGGAAAACUUGAUCCUAGCAAGUCUUUAAAUGAACAAGAAGAUCUUAUUGUAUGGAUGCGAACUGCAGCACUUCCAACAUUUAGGAAGUUGUAUGGGAGGAUAGAGACAAAUCUCAAAGAAAAUGACACCAUAGCUGUCUAUCUUCAAAAUAAUUACAAUACCUAUACUUUUGGGGGUAAGAAGAAGGUGGUUCUUUCAACGACAACAUGGAUAGGUGGAAAGAACGACUUCCUCGGCAUUGCUUAUCUUAGUGUUGGUGGACUUUGUUUUUUUCUGGCUCUAUCCUUUACCAUGAUAUAUUUGCUAUACCCAAGGCAACUUGGGGAUCCAUCAUAUUUGUCAUGGAACAGAAAUCCAGGAGGGCACUAAAUUGUUAUUAUCGCCUUCAUCGGAAGCAUUUUGUAGAAACCAAACAUGUUCCAAUGUCUGUAGUAUAGUUAAGUUAAAAAAGAAAAACCCAUGCAUUUAUUUUUCUUUCAUGCGUCUUAUUCUACCUUUGAAGCCUUACUGUUUGGUUACUCACGUAUGAUUUGCUUUUGUUUGAAACUUUGUGGUAUCUGUCUUUAUUAUAAAAAUAAAAGCUGUUGGUCAAGAGAA